AACGGGCCUUUGGAGAUGAAUCCUAGUUCCUACCGGAAAGGUCGAGUCAGCCCAUUUGGCCCACCAGUUCUUCGGCCCAGUCUAUUCCUCAAAGCAGAUAUGAUAAGAUGGCUCUGAGCUUCAUCAACAAUUCCUUCCACCUUCAAUGGCUCAUUCUUCAAGUAGGUGAGGCUGUUGCAAGCCAUUAAUGCCGACUGCCAUGACUCUCCAGCUCCAAGGAUUGGAAACCUAGAUUUACUGAUUCUUGAAGACCUUUCAACAACCCCAUUCCUCUCACAAAUGUGGGUCAUUUCGUGGCAUGAUAUCCACCACCGCAGACAUACUGUCAUCUCCACUGCGGUUUCUGCCCAGAGCAGCCGUGGCAGUGGCGGUCUGCGUUUGGAAUGAAGAAAGCGAGUCUUAACUAUUUUUUUAAUAGCCACAUCUUCAUGACUACAUUAAUCUUCCAUCAAUGACUUCCCUUUUUUGGAUUUUGGAAGGUAUAAUCUGCGAUUCUCUAUAAAUGGCUAAGAAGACUAGCAAACGGAGGAAACCCACUGGGCAGCUCUCAGGAGAACCGCUACUGGCGGUGUUUGUGACGGCAUUGGUUUUUGUCUCCGCCUUUUGCUUUUUCCUUUUUGUCCGGAGCAUUGACAAUGGCAAUUUGCCAACAAUUCAACAAGUUAAUUCCAGAUCACCAAUGAAAGCAACCACCUUUUCGGCGGUAUCGAACUUCAGCAACGCCGGUGGUCAGGCCGCCGUACCGUCGGCCAGAAUUGCGGUUGUAGAAUCAGGCCCUUAUCACGAUUGGAAGAUUUUUGCUGCAGAUUUUCGGGAUAUGAUGCGCCAGCUGAAGAUCUUUGUUUAUCCUGAUUUGUACCGGAAAGUGGGCUCCUUCGCUGAGAUUUUUCUUGCUCAUCCGAACCCAUUUAACCCGAAAAUCGGGAAUUACGUGAGCGAGCACUUGUUCAAGUUGGCUCUGCUUCGCAGUUCACUGAUUACAACCAAUCCGGAGGAAGCCCACUUUUUUUUCCUCCCGUUUUCCGUCAACCACCUCCGAAACGACCGCCGCGUGCACUCCGAGGACGCAAUCGCUGACUUCGUGGCCAACUACGUCGUAAAAAUCAGCCAGGAAUUCACAUUCUGGAAUGCCUCCGCGGGCGCCGAUCACUUCUUUGUCUGUUGUCACUCGGUCGGACGAGAAGCUUCAUCCAAGCAUCCUCAUCUUCACAACAAUGCCAUUCAGGUCACUUGCUCUUCCAGCUACUUUCAGAGAUUCUACAUUGCACACAAAGAUAUAGGCUUGCCCCAAGUGUGGCCUCGCCGUGACGAGCAUCCCUUGAACCCUCCACAAGCAAGGGACAAGCUUGCUUACUUCGCCGGACGCAUCCAGAACUCUCGUGUUCGACAGGAGCUUUUGGAUUUGUGGGGAAACGAUACUGACAUAGAAGUGUUCGACAAAAGUCCUCUUAGAUACGAAGAAGGGUUCAGGAGAAGCAAAUACUGCAUCCACGCUAAAGGUUAUGAAGUGAACACUGCGAGGCUCAGCGAUGCAAUGCACUACGGUUGCAUUCCUGUUAUAGUUUCCAACUACUACGAUCUCCCAUUUGCUAAUGUUUUGGACUGGACCAAGUUUUCAAUCCUCAUCAACCAAGCAGACAUUUCAUUGUUGAAGAAGAAAUUGUUGUCAAUACCCACAGAGGCGUAUCUGGCCAUGUACCAUGAUCUGUGCCGUGUUAGGAGACACUUCAAAUGGCAUAUACCGCCCAAGGGUUAUGACUCCUUCCACAUGACUGCUUACCAGUUAUGGUUGAGAAGAGGUAUUCAUCGAUUGUCUCACUAAUAUACUUUAAUCUACUUUCCGCUCUUGUUGUUCUGCAAAA